AUGAGGAUGGUUUCUGUGCGCGCUAUCGUGCUUGCGGUGUUGCUGGUCACCGUGCCGGGGGAUGCAUUUUUCUUGAACAUGUACCGGGAUGCACAGAACGGUGCCACCGGUAUGGCGUGCCGUUGGUACAACAUGCCACCGUACGCGAAUGCCAUCGCCAACCAGGCACCGUCCAACGUGGGCUACAGCUCGGCCCUUAAUGGCGGCGGCAGUCUCAGCUAUCUGACCGGGCUUGCCGCGAUGCUGAACCGUCUGUACCCGCAGUCCAUCGUCGGUGCAUCGCCAGCACGCCCCAAGGUGAUCGUGCGCGUCCAGGAAACGCAGAGCCCCACCGGGAAUAGGAACACCCCGGCGACAAUCACGCUCCGACCGGGCGGUAACGGAAACCGUGAGUUAGAUUACAGCGAGACAGAUCCGCAGUACUAUAACGACGACGACGGUUAUGCGUACGAUGAUUACAGUGAUCCUGACGGAUAUACGGACACUGUUACGUAUUAUGACAUGCCUUGGUCGGACGCACGCGGGACCGGCAACGUCUUUCAGUCGUGGUACGGGACGGAUCUCAAUGCGCCGUCGAUAUCCGGCAGCACUAGCGCGUGCAAUGUAUGUGCAACUUCAUCGUUGCUAAACUUGCUGAUGGGAUAA